AUGCUGGGCGCGGGGCGCGCGUCGGCGCAGGCGCGCAGGGCCCUCGUCGAGAAGCGAGGGCAGUGCAACUGCCGCAACUCGCGCUGCCUCAAGCUCUACUGCGAGUGCUUUGCGUCGGGCCAGUAUUGUUUCGGCUGCAAUUGCCAGGGCUGCCACAACAACCCGGAGAACAACGAGAAGCGCGCCAGAGCAAUCGAUGCGACGCUUGAGCGCAACCCAACCGCGUUCCGGCCAAAGAUUGCUCACGACUCGACCUUGGGCAAGGACACGACCCGGCACAGCAAGGGGUGCCACUGCAAGAAGUCGGGCUGCCUCAAAAAGUACUGCGAGUGCUUCCAGGCCGGCGUCCCACGCGCCCCUGACCGCAUGUUCCUCGAGCGAGCGGGCAAGAUUCCCAUGCCAGCUCCGAAGAAGCUCAAGAGCGAGGCCGAGGCCGAAGAGCGAGAGCGCGAGAGUUCCGUCUCUUUCUUCUACCCGCGCGAGCGCCGCCUCCCCACGCCCGGCCCGUCCGAGCUCGCGGCCGAGCGAGUCCGCGCCGCCAUCGCAUCGCACGAGUGGGCGAGCGAGGCGUGCUCCGAGAUGCUGCGCGCGAGCCAGCUGGCCGGCUCGGCCAGCGGCGAGGCCGGGCCGUCCUCCUCGAGCGCGCCGCUGCUCGAGGAAGAGCAGGAGCGGGCCGUCCUCCACGUGCUCGACGCAGCCGAGGCAGCCAAACCGCCGAAGGCCGAGGCCAGCGGCAGCGGUGCCAGCGAGAUCCAUUCUUAA